CACCCGGUGACAUUCAGCACCCCAAGACGGACUGACACGGUCGUGCUCAACGCUCAGCACGACUAUGGCGACGAUAGACUACGUCGAGAUCCCUGCGUCGGCUACGCGCCUCCAGUCCUGCGCCUCUCAAGGCACAUCCGACCUCCGUCCCGCCGUCAAAGUCGUCACCUCUCUCCCCCACCCGGAAAGCACCCCGCGCGGGACACCGUCCACGCCCGCCUCCGCGCAGUCGCCCACCGCCGCCGCCACCGCCAAGUCUGGCUUCAGCCUGCAGCAGGCCCUCCUCUCGUCGACGUUCCAGCUCCCGGCCAACGCCCCGAGUGCGCCCCGUGCGACGAAGGGCACGCCGAAGCUGCUCUCCACACGCGACCCGCUCUCGAUCCCCAUCACCACCGCGAACUUCCGGCGCUUCGUGGCGAAAGUGGGGCCCGUGUUCUGGCUGCAGGACCGCCUGGAGGAGAUCGUGAUGUGGAGGAGGGGCUGGAAGUACACGGCGGUGUGGAUGUGCGCGUAUGCGUUUCUCUGCUACUAUCCGAGGCUCGCUUUGCUGUUGCCCGUGGUUGCCGUUCUUGGUGUCCUGCUUGGCUCCCACUCAUGUCUGCGAAACGGAGGAGACGUCGCCGCCAGCUCUCAGCCUGCAAAAGUACCGCCCCCACCACCAGCCCAGGUCUCGGAUUGGAGUAUGGAUUGGCUCGCAAACGUGCAGGCGAUUCAAAAUCUGAUGGGUGCAUUCUCGGACGCACACGACCAAGUGUACCCCAUCGUCCCCCAUCUCAAUCACUCUUCUCCGUACACACCCGUCAUAUUCAGCUUGACCGUGGCUACGCUCGUCGUCUCUGUACCUAUGGUAGCUUUAAUCCCUCUGCGGACAACGUUCCUCGUCCUGGGGCUCACACCUUUCGCACUCACGCACCCCUUCACGAUGUACACAUUAUACCCCAUAAUCUUUGAAAUGACAGCAGGACACUUGGCCACCCUCCACGUCCGCCUCACGCGGCUGGUGGACAACGACCGCCUGGAAGACAAGCACUGGCGUUCCGAGCUGAGGGAGGUGGAGCUUUGGGAGAACGAGAGGUGGGCUGGCGUGUCGGGGACGGACGACGGCGGCACGGGGGACGCUGGCUGGAGCAAAGCCAACCUGCGGCCGGGCGAGCGAAAGGCGUGGACCCGGGGCAGGGACGGCUGGAGCGGUGUGUCCGACGACGGGAGCGGGGACGUCAGCAACCUGACGUUCUCGCUGUCGCCCGGGUGGCUGUUCGUCGAGACAGAAGACUGGCGGCCGGACUUGGAGGCGUCCUGGAUAGGGUGCGAACACGCAGACCAAGACGGGUGGGUCUACACGGACGACGUGUGGAUGCACCCCAGCUCUGCGCCCAGGGACGUCUGGAAACAGUCUAGCGGCAUGACUCGGAGGCGGCGGUGGGUGAGGCGGAUUUAUUAUGACCCCGCCGCAGCGGGGUAGCUCCUCUUUCUUUGUUACUACAACGUUGUGGGCCAACGUGGAAUACAGAUGUGUGCAGAUGAUUGUCCGUGCGUGGAGAGGAUGGACAUGACGGGGUAUAUGCAGCGCGCGAUCGAAUGGUCCGGGGCCCUGAGCACAAGAUAGAUGGCCGGGGCGUGGGGGCCUAGACGACGAACGCCCCGUUGACGGCGAUCGUCUGGCCGUUGAUCCAGCCGGCGUCGGCGUGGGCGAGGAACGCCACCAGGGGGCUUAUCUCGUCCGGGUGCGGGAUCCGGUUCUGCGGGUGCAGGCUCGCCACCCAGCGGAUCAGGUGCGGCGGCUUGCCCGCCCGGAAGAGCGGCGUGUCGACCGCCCCGGGCGCGAUCGCGUUCACCGUCAUGCCCCGCGCGCCGAGGUCCUGUGCGAGCACCCGCACGAGCUGCUCGACGGCGCCCUUCGAGGACGCGUACAGGAGCGCCAUCGGCUGCACGCUCGACGCGCGCGUCAGCGCGGUCGACACGAAGAUGAUCCGGCUGCCUGGAAAGGAAAGCGCGUCGCGGGUCAGCAGGACUGCUUGAUUGAAAAACGCAGGAACGCGCGCGCGCGGGGAGAGAGAGACGACGUGCCGGGCUUCAUGUCCUGCGCGGCGCUCUGGACGAGGAAGAGCGGGCCCUUGACGUUCGUGUUGAUGUGCGCGUCGAACUCGGCCUCGUCUGUGUCCGCGAGCGGCCGGUGGCCCAUGAGGCUCGCGUUGAGGACGAGGAUGUCCGGCGGGGCGCCGGCGAGCCGCCUGCACUCCGCGAGCAGGUGCCGCCCGCCCGCGACCGUCGACACGUCCGCCUUCACGACGUGCGCGCGCCCGCCCCCCUUCGCGUUGAUGCCGUACGCGGUGCGCUCGGCCUCGACGGCGAGCCGGUGGUAGUUGACGAUGACGUCCGCGCCGUCCGCGGCGAGCCGCUGCGCGAUGGAGGCCCCGAUGGACCGCGACGAGCCGGUGAUGACGGCGAUCUUGCCCUGGAGCGGCUUGUGCGCGGGAGCAGGAGCGGCGGCAGCUGAAGCUGAAGCGGCAGUGGAGGU